AUGAGUAUUAUCCCCCAAGAUCCUCAACGCCCAGUCAAUGAAUCCGUUUUGGUUUGGACAGAUGAGGAUAUGUUCAAAGGUGGAGCUACUAAAUCAGAUGUUGAGAAGAUGCGGGAAGACUUGAAAGUUGGUGGUAAGACGAAGCAAACCCGAGAGAAAGAGACAGAGAGUAGUGUCCGAUGA